CCUCUCUCUAUCAUCAGAUGUUAAGAAACACUAUUAUAGCUAAGCAAAUUUUCAGAUAUUAAUGGAAAUGGAGAAUAAAGAAGAGAAGAAGGGCAGUAUAAGUAUGGUUGAGGCCAACUUACCUCCUGGGUUUAGAUUCCAUCCGAGAGACGACGAGCUCGUUUGCGACUACUUAAUGAGAAGAACCGUUCGUAGCCUCUAUCAACCAGUUGUCUUGAUCGACGUCGAUCUCAACAAGUGCGAGCCUUGGAAUAUUCCUCAAACGGCGAGAGUGGGAAGGAAAGAAUGGUAUUUUUAUAGCCAAAAAGAUCGGAAAUACGCAACGGGGCAAAGAACAAAUCGGGCUACGGCCACCGGUUAUUGGAAAGCCACCGGAAAAGAUAGAGUAAUCCGAAGAAAUGGCAGUCUUGUUGGUAUGAGAAAGACACUCGUGUUUUACCGAGGUCGAGCCCCUAAAGGUCGUAAAACCGACUGGGUCAUGCACGAGUUUCGUCUCCAAAGUUCACUUUUUCACCACCCUCCUAAUUCUUUCAAGGAAGAGUGGGUAUUGUGUAGAGUUUUCCACAAGAAUAGCAACAUAGCUGAAAGUGACGACAACACAAGAAACUGCUCUCAUGAAACAACUUCUACAUUAAUGGACUCUUUCAUCAACUUCGAUCAUCACAACAUCAUGAAUCAGCCCGUACCCUGCUUCUCCAAUAAUUUAUCACAAAACCAAACUAACCAAUCCGGUUUAGUCUCCAAGAACUCCAACCCCUUACAUAGUGCUUCAUCUGAUCAAAUGGUUUUCCGAGCCUUGUUAAGUCAGCUCCCUAAAAAUGUCGAAAAAUCACAGAGCUACGGAGAAGGAAGCUGAGAGAGCCAAUUGACCGAGAUUGGCAUCCCAAGUCACGCAUGAAAUUACUGAUUAUAUGGUUAAGGCUUACCAGAUAUCUCUAUCAGACUAUCACUAUAUGUACUAGAAUCAUAUUCAUGGUUAGAAACAUUUAUUCACCCUCUUAUGUAAACUGUUAUACCAUUAUGGUCAUUCAUAUAUAGUACACAUAUAUAUUUAUAUAUAAAACACACUACAAGAAAACAUCAUGUUUUUC